UUGGGCAGCAAACUGAGAGACUGAGGCCGUCGAUCUGAAGAUGAGGGAAACCUGAACAUGUGAAAGAAGCCAGAGCUGAAUAUAGACUGAAUCUGUAUCCUGAUGAAAUUGAGAUAAGGUGAAUGAGAACUGCGGGAUUUUCCUGCAAUACAAAUCUCUUUUGACUGAGUUUGUUCUAAACGCGACCCAGCUGUACGUUGUUUAAGAGGAGCCUCUGGGGGGAAAAGCGGAGCAGAAGCUGGGAAAGGAAGUGAAAGCAUUUUUUUAGGGCUGUCAUUAGACUGCCUUAAAGUGACACAUCUGGCAAUUGAAGACAGGGGGGAAUAAAAACAACUGAAGCUACAAAGCAGGAGGAGCAAGCAGACUCUAGAAAAAGCCAGAGAACAACUUGAAGAAGGCUGUCAGGAGAAGGGGAGGAAAUGGCUUGGAUUUCACCCUGGCUGUGCGCUUUCUCCCUAAGCAUCUUUGGAUUGUUUUACCUAGCUACUGGCUCUGGGGAAAGCAGCGGUCUUUCUAUCAGUACAGAAGAUAUUACCACGGGGAAAUCUACCAUCCCUAGAGACCAGCAUCCAUUGGACAUAGGGAAUCUUUAUGAUGAGGAUUGUACCAAAGGUUUCUACAGCACAGAUUAUGGAGAAUGUUUGCCUUGUAACUGUCAUGGCCACUCAGAACAGUGCCUUGAUUAUUCUGGAAUCUGCACUAACUGUCAGAAUAACACAACUGGAGACCACUGUGAAAAAUGUCUUGAUGGUUAUAUUGGUGAUGUUGUCCAGGGUCAUCAUAAAUCUUGCCAGCCUUGUCCUUGUCCUCUAAGUAUACCUUCAAAUAAUUUUGCUGUUUCCUGUAUGAUUAAAGCUGACAAAUUGCGAUGUUUUUGUCAGGAAAAUUAUGCUGGAUCCAGAUGUGAAAGAUGUGCUCCUGGUUACUAUGGAACACCUUUGCUCUAUGGAAGCAGUUGCAGAAAAUGUAACUGUAAUGGUAACUCUGAUCCCAAUCUCAUAUUUGAUGACUGCAAUGAGGAAACAGGGUAUUGCCGCAAUUGUGUGCGAAAUACAACGGGCAUCCACUGCGAACGCUGUGCUCCAGGUUACUAUGGAGAUGCCGUCAAUGCUAAAAACUGCACAGACUGUCCCUGUCAGAAAUGUGGCACGAAUGAAUGUGAUCAUGUUACCGGGCAGUGUCGUUGUAAACCAGGAGUAUCAGGAGCCUUCUGUGACCUCUGUGAGAUUGGCUACUAUGGAUACAGCAGUUGUUCUGGAUGUUUGAGAUGUGAAUGUGCUCUGGCUUCCAAGGAUGAAUAUUGUGAUCCUUUGAGUGGGCAGUGCAGAUGCCUACCCGGAGUCACAGGAAAGCUCUGUGACCACUGUCUGUAUGGGUUCUGGAACUACGGACUAAAUGGGUGCCAGAGGUGCGAGUGUGAGGGGCACUGUGACAGCGAGACAGGAGAAUGUUUGUCAGUGCCCACCGAGCCUCCAACAGAUUGCUCUGUUGUCAGAUGUGACAAGUGUAUCUGGGACUUAGUUGAAGACCUAAAGCUAUCAGGAUCAUCGCUGGAAGAAGCUAAGUCCAGUGUUCUAAAUGUUAUUACUGGAGAUGCCAUUAAUAACCGCUUGCAACAAUUCAAUUUCACAGCAAUCCACUUCAAUACCCAGAUUGCAGAGAUGAGGUUACACUCAGAAUCACAGAAACUUAAGAUAGAAGAUAUUGAAACAGAAAUCAUAAACCUCAUCGCCGAUCUCAACAUGCUAUCUGAAAAGGAAAACAUAACUGUCUUUAAUGCACAGCUAUUUGACAAGGAAACAGCCAAAAUCAGUGACCGUGCCAACCAGAUCAAUGGACAAAGUAUUACUAUUGUCAAUUUGAUCCAAGAUAUUAUUGAAGGCCUAAAUAAGUAUGGAACAGAAGAAGAAUUUUCAGCUGAAGAAACCAACAAACUCUUCCGUGAGGUGAACAAGAUGUUGGAUGAAAUGAGAAAUCGGAACUUUUCUGACCAGAAACCACUUGUUGAAGAAGAAAGAACAAAAGCCCAGAUUUUGCUAGAUCGUGUUUAUGGGCUCCAGGGUGUUAUGAUGGAAAAUAAUGACUCAAUUCAUAGGAUACAGGACAGUAUUACUGAUUACAAUACCAAUGUCUCAGACCUGAAGGAAGCACUUGAAGGUGCUAUCAAGAUUGUUCAACAAACAGAGGAGAAGAACAGAGAGAACAUCAAUGGAUAUCAAAGGAAAGAGAGACUACGAAAAGUAUUAAAAAAACAUUUUGAUGCUGUUAACAUGACCCUUCAAAUGGCUAAUGAUGGCUUGAUAGACACGGAGAUUGCUAUAUCAGAACUAGAAAACAAGAUUGUGAACCUGUCUACAUUUCAUGCCUCAAUAGAUGGUGCGCAUAAGCUACUGAAUGAGAAACUGACUAAUCUCUCUACAUAUGACAAAUCCCUGGCUCUCCGUGCUAUAGACUUCGCCAAAGAGCUUCACAGGCUUGCCUUAGAAUUGACCAAUAUUUUGAAGAGUACUGAUGCAAAUGGUAUUGUCCAGAAGGCUAUAAAUGCUUCAAAUGUCUAUGAUAAUAUUGUCCAAUAUGUAGCAGAGGCUGAGAAGAAUGCAACUACUCUGCUCAAUGCUGCACAGAGAGCUGAGGAUGCUGUGGAAGGAAUUCAAACGCAGAGCACAUGGCUCAGAAACAGCAGUGAGGGAAUUCUGAACAAAGUGAAGGAAUUAGCUGAAGCCAUGGAGGACAAUGAUGAGACAGCUUUUCAUGAUACCAGAAGCCAUGUGAAUGCAGUUAUCAGCAAGAAAAACAAUACACUGAGCCGUUUACUAAAUGCUGUAAACCAGCUGGCAUUGAUUGAACCAAGUAGUAGGAACCAGGUGAAGCAAUCAAAGCUAAUUGCAGAAGAAGCAAAGGAUACCGCUGAGAUGGUUUUACAGACUGUCAGUGCUAUGGGGGAAUUGGUGAAAGGUUGGCCACAGAAUCUUAGCAUCUCUGCUGAUGAUGGAACUGCUUUCAAGAGGACAGUGAACUCAGCUGGUGACACAGUGGAAAAUCUGACAGAAAUAGUACCACAGCUCUUGGACAAACUUCGAAUUGUGGAACAGAAAAAGCCAGCAAGCAAUAUUUCUGCCAGUAUUCUGCGAAUCCGCGAACUCAUUGCACAGACACGGAAUGUGGCCAGCAAGGUUCAAGUCUCCAUGAAAUUUGAUGGUCAGUCUGCUGUAGAAGUCAAUUCAAAAUCAAAUUUGGAGGAGCUCAAGUCUUUUACUUCAAUGAGUUUGUACAUGCAAGUUCCUUCAGGUCAAACUGCCAACCAAGAUAGAUUCAUCAUGUACCUUGGAAACAAGAAUGGAAGACAAGAAUAUAUUGGACUGAGUAUCAAAAAUGACAAUUUAGUUUAUGUUUACAAUCUUGGAAAUGGAGAUGUUGAGAUUCCGUUGAACUCAAAACCUGUGAGCACCUGGCCAAACUACUUCAAUUUAAUCAAAAUAGAAAGAGUUGGAAGACAUGGAAAAAUACAAUUAACCGUACCUAGCCCAGGAAGCACAGCAGAGCAAAAAUUCAUCCAGAAAGGAGCCGCUGAAGGCAAUGAUUCUCUGCUAGAUCUGGAAGCUGAUGACAUGGUUUUCUACGUGGGGGGAGUACCUCCAGAUUUCCAGCUUCCUGCCAGCUUAAACAUUCCUGGCUUUGUUGGCUGUAUUGAACUGGCCACACUUAAUGAUGACAUAAUCAGCCUCUACAACUUCAAGCAGAUAUACAAACUGAACACAACAACCGACCGACCUUGUACAAGGUACAGACUCUCUUUUGCCCAGAGUAGGACAGCAAAUUUCUUCUUUGAUGGCUCAGGCUAUGCUUUUGUGCGUAACAUACAAAGGAGAGGGAAAUUCAACAUAGCGACUCGGUUCAAUCUGGACAUUCGCACACCAGCUGACAGUGCCCUCCUGUUACUGAUGGUGAAAGGGGAUAUGUUCUUCAGUAUGGAAAUGCAAAAUGGUUAUAUACGCUUGGUUUAUGAUUUUGGAUUCAGCAAAGGCCCUGUUGUCCUAGAGGAUACUGAUAAGAGGAAACGUAUAAAUGAUGCAAAAUAUCAUGAGGUAGCAUUCAUUUACCAUAAUUAUAAGAAGAUGAUCCUGUUGAUUGACAGAAUCAAUGUAAAAAAUGUUGAAAAUGAAAAGAAGGACAUGUAUUUCACUGAUGUCUAUGUUGGUGGAGCUCCUGCUCAGGUCUUAUCAAGUCUAAAGUCAUACAUAGCUGUGGAUGCUGGAUUUCGGGGGUGUCUCAGGAGUUUCCAGUUCCAAAGGAGAGACUUCAAUAUACUAGAGGAAGAGGAGACAUUAGGAGUCAGCAGUGGUUGUCCGGAGGAAUCACUUAUGUCACGCAUGGCUUAUUUCAAUGGGGAGGGUUUCAUCUCUUCCAGCGAAAAGAUUACACCAUUUUCAAACUUUGAAGGAGGCUUCAAUUUUAGGACAUUACAAUCCAAUGGACUGCUUUUCUAUUACAAUGAAGGCCCUGAUAUCUUCUCCCUCUCACUGGACAAUGGUACAGUCAUUUUCAAAAUGAAAGAAACAACAAUACAAUCAACAAAGAAGCAAUAUAAUGAUGGAAGGAAUCAUUUCAUUAGAGCAACUGUCACCCCAUCAGGUUGUAUGUUAAUGGUGGAUGACAAAGAUAAAACAAAAGAUGAUUGUCCCGCAGAGGAAACAGUACAACCCAAAGGAAAAUUCUACUUUGGAGGCUCACUCCACGAUCAGUACGUUAAUUUCACAGGCUGCAUCAGCAAUGUUUAUCUCAGCAGAACUGAUAAAUAUAUUGAAGUAGAAGAUUUCCAGAAAUACACUGAAAAGGUACAAGCUUCUCUACAUGGCUGCCCAGCUGAAACUCUCCCAGCGGCAAUUAUUCAUAAACAUCAAAAGAACAUUGCUAAAGCCAAGCGAGGCCGUGGUAGAAAGGUGGACAGUGAUAAAGCAGAAUUAAUACAAGUUCCAGCAGUCCAUAGUCCAAAGAUAGAAGGAAAUAACCUGCAAGAUGAUGCACGUUGCCAUCUACCAAACAAUCCCAGGACAAUCCAACAUGCAUAUCAAUAUGGAGGAAUUCCCAACAGCCGACAGGAGAUUUAUGGAUUCCCUGAAUUUUUUAAUCGCAAAUCUCAUUUCUCUGUCAGUGUGAGAACCCAAUCUUCUCAUGGACUUAUAUUUUAUGUGACGAAUAAAGAGGAAGACCAAUUCAUGACACUUUUCAUUGCCCGUGGUCACUUUAUUUAUUCAUUCAGCAAUGGUCGUGAAAAAUUGAAAAUAAAAAGUAUAGAGAAAUAUAAUGAUGGUCUCUGGCACAAUGUCAUCUUUACACACGAAAAUAACAAAGGUCGCUUAAUAAUAGAUGGCCUCCACAUUCUGGAGAAUAGUCUCCGCAGUCCUGUUUAUCCAUGGCAUGUAAAUGAACCAUUUUAUGUAGGUGGUGUGCCACUGGGAAAAGCUGUCAAAAACAUUCAGAUCAAAUCGGUCCAAAGUUUUAAUGGUUGUCUUCAGAACUUCCAGCUAAAUGGGCAGUGGAUUUCACCAGCUGCCCAGACGUUUGGUGUUACACCUUGUUUUGAAGGUCGAACUGAAUCUGGAACAUACUUUUCUGCAGAAGGAGGAUAUGUGAUUCUGGAUGAUUCAUUCAAUUUAGGAUUACAAUUUGAACUUGUUUUUGAAGUUCGUGCUAGAAAUCAUUCAGGAAUACUGUUACAUAUUCACAGUUACAAUCGGAAAUUCCUGAAUCUCUUCAUGGAAUAUGGACAGGUUUCAUUAAAAGUCAGUAAUGGAACUGCACAAUUUGAAACAUCAGUCACUCCAAAGCAAAGCCUGUGUGAUGGUCGAUGGCACAGAAUAGCAGUUAUCAGAGAUUCAAAUGUCGUGCAAUUGGAUGUGGAUUCUGAAGUAAACCAUGUUGUGGGGCCAAUAAGUUCACACUCUUUCAAAACCAAGGAGCCAGUAUUUGUUGGAGGAGUGCCAGAGUCACUACUCAGCCCAAGAUUGAGCAUGCGCCAGUCAUUCACUGGUUGCAUGAGAAACUUCAACAUCAAUGAAACUCCUGUCAUUUUCACCAAAGCUGCACUGGUCAGUGGAGGAGUCAGAAUCAACUCAUGCCCAGCAGUCUAGUGCUGCAAACACUGCUUCUGCAAUCCAUACCCAACAGCCUGAAGGAAAGCUAAGGCAUAUCACAUUUUUACACUUGGGGGUGCAGUAAUUUAUCUCAAUUGAACAAUCUGUCAGCCACUAAUUGUUUUAGUCACUUCCUUCAUCUCAUUGUUUUUCUGUUUGUCCAUGUGCUUUUUUACUUCAUGUUUUCUUUCAACAAGUUAAUUAUAAUUAGAACCAAUAAAGUUUCUUUUUCGGUUUGUCUCAUCAGGAUUGAAAGUGCUAAGAAUACAAAUCUAGGCCAUCAAAAGGUCAAACUGUUAGUUCUAGAUACUGAACCUGAGAUUGCAACAUUGUUUUUGCUAACCACACUGUUUUAAAUUAAUACCAGUUAUGACGAUCCCACUUUAUUAUGUGCACCUGUAAGACAAAUAGUGGCUCUGAUUAAUCAAGUCUGUUACUGAUCAGAGAGGGUCAAUUGCAUGAACAUUAAUGCCCACAUUUCUCUCAAGAAAAUAAAAUAAGAACCACUUCUCAUUGACCCUACAAGACCUCACACUCCACCAUCUGACUCCAUACAAUUUCCUGUCUAGCAGGUGCCUCUGUUGCAUGACAUACAAGCAAGGACCACUUGCCUUGGCUAGCUAAAUGAUUUGAGUUGGUGGUUUGGAACAGAGCCUCCUUGGCCCCAAGUAGCAGGAGUCCCACAUAAUCCCACUUCCAGCUGUGGGCCUCAAUGGACUUUUGGGUCUAAUUAAAUUCAAAUCACUCCAUAAGGGAAAAUACUUUUUCAGAAGGUAUUUUCCACAGAAUUUAAAAAACUGAUGAAAUUGUUGAAUGAAAGGAAGAUUUGAAUACCCUCCAAAUCUGAUGUUAUAUUUGUACAAUGUUAAUUUCAGUUCAUCUGCUUAUAUCUGUAAUAUAUUCUGAUAUCUUGUAUCAGAAUGAUGGCAGAAUUUUGUAGUACCUAACAGUAUAAGGACCUCAGAAGUUAUCCAUAAUUUUAGGAAUUAUCGUAAUUAAAACUAAUGAGUUGAUGUUCACAUGGCAUUUGAGUUGCAAAUAUCUGUUACUGUCUUGUCCUUUUACUAUUCAGUUUGUACCUCAAAGCUGCAUUUAAUUAGUGCACAUGGAAAGUGGAUUAAGUGGAUAGCUCUUUGAAUGUUAAUAAUGGCAUCUUUUACAGGAAAAGGCUAAAUUGAUUGAUUGAUCUGGAAAUUAGGAUUCAAAGGAAUUGUUCUAGUCACAAAUCACAGUCAUAAAUUAACUGGUAUUUGGAACAUAAAUGCUAUGUUAACAUCUGCCUAUUAGUGUUCUUUGCAUAAAUUGAGAAGGCAGAAAUUUCCUUAUUUUGUCACAGUUAAUAUUUACAUGUAAUUUUGGAUAUCAGGAAUAGAGGGGGAUCAAACUCAUUUUACCCACUGCCUUCAUCACUUCAGUUCUGCCACCAGUUAAUGGGAAGUUGAAUGCUGCAGGGACCUCUUCUGGUGGUGAUGUAGUAUGGCACUGUAACAAUUUUAUAAUUUUCUAGUGGUGCAUUUGAGAUUAAAAUGUAUUUGUCCAUUGCAGCCUUCCAAAAACUUAAUUUGAAUUCAGUAAAAUUUUGAUAUUCAAAUUUCCAAAAUGAUAUUAACCUUAUUAUUUCCAUUUACACUUUUUUGUCAUUUUUCCACCGCACCCAUUCAUGCUGGAAAUGCACACGUGCACUGAACAUAAUCACCCAUGUAUCUGAAGUGGGCAUUUUGUGGGAAAUUGGAGCAGAAUCUCAAAGAAGCCAUUGCUGCAGUUACAGCUGGAGAUUAGAAGAAUCCCUGUGGAAAUGCCAGGUGUCUUCUUUACUGACAGGAGUGGCAACUUUCUUAUUCAAUAAAUAGGAUAGAUUGCACAGCCUGACCAUGUGCUUUAAUGAAAUGUUUAAUAUAGUCCUCUAUAUAAAACCUAAUUGUCACAGGCUUCUCUUAAUAUAAUAAUAUCUUUCUUUGAAUAAAAAUACCAUUAAUACUUACAACUGGUACUGUACAAUUCAAAAUGGGGAAUUUAUUUUAAAAGACAGCUGUAAAUCCAUUGGUUGGCUCUUCAAUUGCGUACUAAUAACAAUGUCUUAACUUUGAAUACAGUAGAUGUUUGCCCAAUUCUGGAUGUGCUGCAUAUUAUUGUAAACUCAUGGAUGAUAUCCAUUCAGUAUAUAACCAAAUGUAAUGAUGCGUAUGGAUUAAGUAUUGCAUUGGUCAAAUGAUCAUUCCAUAGCAAUUCGUUACCUUAGUUACUGAAUGAUUUUGUGCUUUUAGAGUACAAUUUAAAAAAAAACUAAAACAAGAAAUGAAUAAAUCCAAGAAACAAUAGCUUUCACAGUCCCAGCUCACCAACCUGUCUCAACAUUAGCACUGUUAAUAUUCUAAUCUAUUGUCUUAAGUAACACUAGGUAUAAAUGUAGGCGCACUGUAACAAAAUCACAAUUUUGCUUAUGAAAAUGUCUUUACUUUAAGUCUGUGUGUUUUGCCCUUUCCAUGGCCAUGUAAUUAAAGUGAGCCUGUCAAUAACAUACAGUAUUCACUGGGGAAUAACUGUCAGAAUGAGAGUAGCCAGGGACUAAUCCUACUGCUAUGGGAUGUCUGGCUCACAAGCAGAUAAAGACAAUGGAAAUAUGAUGCUGAGUGGCCAUAGAGACCCAAAAAUAACAUAUGUAUUUCAAGCCCUGGUGAUGACAACAAUCUCAGACUACAACAACAAGAUUCUCUGGAACAAUCAAUCAGCUUUACCUCAUGUUGCAAAAGCAGCCCAUCUGCUGAGUAUUACUGCCCCUUCUUCCAUCACCUUGUGCAUGUAACUGUUAAGAUGUACACAUCGAUAUCCAGCCAGCUUUUCUCUGCGCUUACUGAAAAUUGUCUUUGGGCACUUGGUAAAUAUACAUGCAUACAUCUACUGUUAUGCUUUGAAAUGUUGUCUCAAGUAAUUAUUUACAACACUGACCUAAUAAAUUGCAGAACUUGAUUUGCAAA